AUGCUAGAUGGGCCAGAGUGUAUUUCGGGGCAUUAUUUACAGGCAUGUAUGAUAUAGUCUUCAAUUAAAGGAGCAUUGAGUCCCACGACAACUGGUGGAGAUUUCACUACGUGACAUGGACAGACUGAAAAGACAUCAGUAUAUAAUCGUAAACCUAAUGCUGCAGCAUGCAGAUGGGUAUGACAAACUGAAACCCUAUGGUUUUCCUGUUCAUGGUUGCAUAGAUGACUGGAGUAUACGACUUUUAUGA